CUGAUUGGCUGAGGACAGCGGCACCUUGUGCUGCACAUCUGUUGCUGUCUGUUGGGUGUAGAAGAGAGCUCAGUGUCAUUGUGUGAGAGCUGAGAGAGGAGCCGGUAAGCAGUGGAGGAAAAGCAUCGUCUGAACGCAAAAAGGAUGGCACAAGAAGCAGCCAGAGUUGCCAGGAGGGUGAACGAUCUCAUAGAGAGUGGAGGACAUCAUUUUGAUUUAUCGGGCUGUUGUUUGACUGCUUUUCCAACUGGUCUGAUUUUGGCCACAAGUUCAGUUUCUGAUAAGAUCUCCUCCAUCUCUUUGGCUAAUAAUGAGUUAAAGGGUAUGGCAAAGAAAUUCUUUACUACUUAUAAAAACAUAGAAGAACUGGAUCUGCAAGGAAAUAAACUUGAAAAGCUCCCUGUUGAAGUUGGUCUCCUACCCAAACUGAAAACAAUAAACUUAUCUAAAAACAAGUUUGAAGUAUUUCCAGAAGAGCUAACAAAAAUACAAUCCAUGGAGAGCAUCAACUUAGAAAGCAAUCAGAUCAAAGAUAUUCCUAUGGAUAACCUGAAUAAUAUGCCCAAUCUAUCAAGAGUGGAUGUGAAGCUGAAUCCUGUAAAUAAAGAAAGUCUGAAGAAUUGUGCUGUCAAAUUUGAACUUGUUUUGUAAGCUAUGGUGAAAAAAUAUGCCUUCUAUGCUGUUAAUCAACUGGAACAUAUCUUUCUGUUAAAGAAGACUAUGGUAAAUCAAUUGAAACUGGUGUGAGCAAUCAUGUUAAAUUAUGGGUGGGCCUUUUAAUGUAUGACAAUUAUUGCUUAUUGGAAUAUAUGUAAUGAUUUAUUAAAAGCAUUUUAAAAUCA